UAACCCGGUUCUGUACUGGAUAAGCCCAUUUAGACAGCUUUACAAUAGAGCCCAAAACCCUAAUCUCACAUCUACUAUAUAAAUUCUUAGGGUUUUCGUCCGUCCUCUUGAAGGCGUUUUUGUGCUCAGUCUCUGCCGUCACUCUCACCAGCGCAACCGCUUAACCAUCUCAGCCAUGGCCGCCGCCGUAGAAAUCGACGCCGAGAUUCAGCAGCAGCUCACCAACGAGGUCAAGCUCUUCAACCGCUGGACCUAUGACGACGUUUCGGUCACAGACAUCAGUCUUGUUGACUACAUUGGAGUUCAGGCAGCUAAACACGCCACCUUUGUUCCCCACACCGCCGGAAGAUACUCUGUGAAGAGAUUCAGGAAGGCUCAGUGCCCCAUCGUUGAGAGGCUCACUAACUCUCUCAUGAUGCACGGAAGAAACAACGGAAAGAAGUUGAUGGCGGUCAGAAUCAUCAAGCACGCUAUGGAAAUCAUCCACCUCUUGACUGACGCUAACCCAAUCCAAGUCAUCAUCGAUGCCAUUGUCAACAGUGGUCCGCGUGAAGAUGCUACGAGGAUUGGAUCUGCUGGUGUUGUUAGGAGACAAGCGGUUGAUAUCUCCCCUCUAAGACGUGUAAACCAGGCUAUCUUCUUGCUUACCACCGGUGCUCGUGAGGCUGCUUUCAGAAACAUUAAGACUAUUGCUGAGUGUCUUGCUGAUGAAUUGAUCAACGCUGCCAAGGGCUCGUCCAACAGCUAUGCAAUCAAGAAGAAGGAUGAGAUUGAAAGAGUUGCCAAGGCCAAUCGUUAAGAAUUUUCCUUGUGCCUUGAGUGUUGCAAUCUUAGUAAUGAAGAUCAUGUUUUGUUUGGCACUAGAUUUGAUGGAAUAUGUUUAAGAUGUUUUGCUCUGUUGUUUUGUUUCCUCUGAACUACUUUGAAUAGAUAAAUUUUGAAUGCUUCAAAUGGUUAAAAGAAAUUUAAACAUCUAUUUUUAAGUC